CCGCCCCGGUCGAUCGAGCUCCCUAUCCCCGGCCUGGCUCCCUUGCCUUGCAGCAUCUAUAAGCGGAAACUUACAUCCACCUGCGCCAGAGGUUCCGGCUUCAUUCAACGGACCGCGCCGCUCGCGACUAUCAUGACCGAAAACGUUUGAAACCGCACCACAAAUCUACUUCGAAAACUAACUUCACUGAUUUCAAAAGUUUUGAAACUCACCUCUUCCACGCUCAGAGGCAUGCAUAUACGGUAUUCCUUAAUAAGCAUCGUUGUUAUUCCAUGUGCAGCUUGAAAAAUCCGAGAAAUUGUCACUUUUUUGAGCGGAAGUCGCAGCUUUCGAAACGAAACCGACGACGUCUUUUCAAUUCGAUAGCUAGAUAUUUAUAUCGCGAUGUUAUCGAGCUUGGUGGUGCCGCUAUCGCUAUCGUACCGUACCAAUAAAAACCAAAAAAAUCGCUAGUUGGAGCAUCCGCCACUUGAAAUAUUAAAAAUGGCAGAAGCACAAGGAAGUGUUGGAGGUGGAGAUGAAUCAGCUGAGCCUGGAAUGCAAAGUGACCAGAUUAGUAAACAAAAUAAGGAAGGAGAAGUGGUAAAGAAGAAAACUGACAAGGUUGAUAUUCUGCUAAAGGCAACAGGAAGUGCUCCCAUUAUGAAGAAGAAGAAAUGGGCUGUUGAUCCCAACAAGAAGGUUGCAUGGGUCAUCGAUUUCAUCCAUAAAUAUCUUAGAUUUGACUCGUCACAAUCACUAUUUCUGUAUGUCAAUCAAGCAUUUGCACCAGCACCAGAUCAGGAAAUAAGGAAUCUUUUUGAGUGCUAUGGUAGCGAUGGCAAGCUUAUACUGCACUACUGCACCAGUGAGGCAUGGGGCUGAUACUCUUCUCAUAUUUCCUUGAUACCAAGAAACUGCAAUUUUAUGUAGAAUUUUCAUCCAAUACUCAAGUUACUCUCAACUCAGAAAUUUUCAGUUAUGUUCCAUUUUGCUUGAUAUGUAUUUUUGCACUCAGACUCGUGUAUCUUCAUGCAGCGAAGAACGUAUGAUGUUGAUACAUUGGUUUUGUCUGAAAAUGUAUUGAAAUAUCACAUUUGGAAAGUUUCUGGCAUGCAGGACAGUGUAUUGAAUAAUUUGUUGGGAAGGUUUGGGUACAGUCAUUAUUUUCUGGGUAUGUGGAUGUUUCUUUAAUGCUUUAAGAUAAGAUGAAUAAUAGUAAUCAAUAACAAAUAUAUUAAUAUACAAAUUACUACGAUUCAUGGAUUUCUGAAUUUGUGUCAAUUUUGUAUAAAUUGACAUGUUCAAGUAUGAUGGACAAAGGUGUUAUAUUGAUCUUUACAUGGUGAAACAAAUAAUACCACUUGUAAAGUGUUAGCUAAAAACAUGUAUUAGAAGUUUUAAUAAAUGUUGCACAGCCAACCCAUGCCAUUAAAUGGCUUCAUUAUGAUGUCAUGAGCUAUGUUCAUUGACAUGAUCGUUCUCUUCCUCAUUCUGCAACUCUAGACAAUUAUUUUGCCCUAUAAUUUUGUUUUUUAAAAGAAAUUUUGGUACACACUCUAUAUUGUCAAACAACAGUGUUUUUCUUUUUGUGCAAUUUGUUCUGCCUCAUAUCCAUCAAGUUUAUUAAAAAAUGUUGCUAAGAAUACGACUUAACAUACUCCUCAUAAAAAUUAUGCAAUUUAUUUCUGUCUGGAUAUAUAUUUGUCCAUAAAUUUGUUAUUCCAACUUGUUCAAAAUGAAGUGUAUGUCAUUGACACUCGGCAGAUAAAGUAAGCCUGAAUAAGAAUGUACAAUCAUUUUUCCUGCAAAUUCAGGUGUGGGCAUUGUUUUUUAGAUGAUCAGUAUAACUAUAAGCUACAGAAAAUAUGAAGGACAGUUUCCUACCUUUUGAUUUAACAUUCCAUACCCUCAAUCUUGCACUCCUAUGCAGCAGUGCAUACUAAAACAAGGGUAAUCCAAUCUUUGAGGUCUAAUAUUCAAAUAGUUGAAUAUUUUCUUGCAAAUUUACUACAAUAUGACAGCUUACCCUCUCAGGUUUUUAAUGACCCUACUGGUAUGACCCCUUACACCAGUCACGACUCGACUAAUUGAAUAUUGAAGACAUUAGAUAUGAAUUCCAUUUCUUUUUCAAGUUUUGUCAAUUAGGGCUUAGAUGAAAUUUUCACGGAUGACUUAGCAGAGCAAUUUUCUUUUCAGUGGACAUGAUCAGUUUGGAACUUUGAAUAGCAAUUUUAUGGUGCAAUGUUAAUGAAUGCCUGGCUGAAAAGGUUGUUAUUUCUCACCAUCUGAUCAGUCUCCAUUUACUUCACCCAUUUUACCAAAACUUAAGAAAAAUAGAAUACCUUGUAUGGACUUUGUCUUCCAAAAGUCUGUUCAGCCAUGCAUGGUGUCAGUGGUACAAGUUAUCAAUAAAAAGAGAGAAUUGCUCUUUUAUAUUCUGAGCCCCGUAACACAAAGGUUAGCAAUUAAUCGCUAAAUGAAAUGGCCUAUCUAAAUCUUAUUUUGCUCAUUAAACUGACUAGGAACUAAUCAGAAUUGUUCUUUCAUAUUAGAGCUUAAUCGCUAACCUUUGUGUUACGGGGCCCUGGUCAAUGUAGAUUUCUUAAUACUGAAAAAUUCCAUGGAAAACACCAUUUUCAGGUCCCUCAAAAUUGAAUCAUGAAAAACAUUUUCUCGUCUACAAUUAUUUGGUCCAUGUCAACAAAAAUACAUGGAAUCUAGCUUUUAGAACACAGAAUUUGAAUUUUAGAAAACUGAAAAAUGGGGACUCUUAUUUUAGAGAAAAAGUACAUGCAAGACCAUGUUGGAUAUAGAUUGGGAUAUACAUCAUACAAAAGUGGACCAUUGUAAAUGCAGUUAAUUAUUUGUACAUGUUGGACUACCUAAAUCAAACGUCUUGGAAGCAUUUGGACGAUUUCUACUAAAAAAGAGAUAGAUAAUAGUAUGCUUUGCUCUAAUUUUUGUAUGAAAAAUUGCUUUAACUUACAAUGUAGGUUAUUAUUUUAUUUGGAGUAAGUUGACUUAAAUGUAGAAUUUCUUGUGUUAACACUCUUACAUUGCACAUAAUUUAAUCAUGAAAAUUAUAUUGGACCAUUUUCUAAUUUGCUGAAACGUUCAUGUAUAUCUUCAAUGAAAAUAAAGCACUUAUCAUAUAA